GAACCCCCCUCUGGCGUCUGACAGCCGUCCGCCGCCCUUGGGCGCAUCCAGCAUGGAGAGAUUGUGCACCUUCCUUCCUUCCUUCCUUCCUCCCACCCACCUUUGGAAGGCCACCCAAUGGACCUAGUCUGUUCGGGGGACCAACUAAAUUGGAUGUUGCUCUAGCGUAGAUUCGGUCUCUUCGCCUCGUCUUCGUUUUCAUCUUGUUCCCACGGUGUCUCGUGUUCUCUUUUUUGUUUUCUUUUGGGCCGUCGCUCUCGUUCGAACCGCCUUUCUGUCUCCUUGUUGUGCCUUUUCGGUAGUGGCCCAUUGUCCGAGAACUCUUGGUUCUCAAGUGAGCCGAGGAAGGCCAAUUGACGGCGAGAGAUGUGUACUUGGUGGGUCUUUCGAAAAGCUGCCAGACAAGGUGAAACUUUGAACCGAAGAGCACGCACGGUUACAGAAAGAUUCCAAAGUGAUAGUGAUUCCGACAACUUUUGAGGAUGUCCUCAGCAUCCUCUGGAACGGAUUCAAAGGGCCAGCCCCGCCAUGGAGGGGCUCGAAAAGGAUCUCGGCAUAGUGGGAAUGGAUUGACAUCUGGAGCAUCCGCUCCAUCCGGUCAUCGUCGAUCGACGACCCAUAAAAGUCCCUCACGUGGAAGAGCACAACCUGAUCAGCCCAAUAUGCCGCAAUAUGAGUACAAAUUGCGCCACUCCAACCGGAUGUCGACCACCUAUCAGCAGCCCUAUCCUCAGGCCUCAAAUAUGGUACCUCCUGGAUAUUCGAGCAACGAGCCGCAAACCCCACAAUCUUGCAUGCCCACAGGUGGAACCGUUGCCCCGACCACUGGUCAACUCAGAUCGGGUCAUAUUGAGGUGGAUACCCUGUACGGGAACGGAGGAGCGGGUUCGGCUCAAUUGACUGUCAAUGCUAUGAACGCGCCCAAUAACUCCACCAUGCAAUGUGGAUGCGAGAAUAUUGAUUGCCCUUUUUGCAAUCUCAUGUUAAGUGUGCAAAUGAAAGAUUCAUAUUGAAAGGAACCAAAAUUCUGGAGGGCGGUCAUUAUUCAGCCUAGAAAUUAGUUGCCAAGAUGAUACAACAAAUCCAAUGACACUCACCUUUCUGAACCUAACUGUCCUUGACUUACCCGAAAAAAGCCCACGCCCCCAUCUCGUCACAGACAGUCCCUUCCCCCNNNCCCCCCCCCCCCGCUCUCUAAGCAAGUAGGCAGAAAAAGCUUCCUCUUCACCCAACAGCUUCAAGCUAUGUCAGAAGUCAGAAUGAAAGGUCAAGUUUCGGCGAUGCUUAUUAACGUUGGGUGGUCUAUUAGCCGUCUCUCAUUGGUUGACGAGCAGUCAACCAAUUGUUGGGCCAAGACCUUGUGCUCAGUGGAGUGUGUACCUUUCUGGGACCUUCCCAUACUCAUAUCCAAUGACAAAAAAGCGCAAAGGCAACAUUCUGUAUAGAGACCAGUAGUGCUCUUCCCUUGCACAUUGAUUAUGAGGUGUCAUCGUACUCUUCGUAGUGCUUCUUCCCCAUAGCGAGUCCGACAUAAAUUAGAUAUAUUCAACUCUAGACGUCAACAUACAUGUGAAUGUAUUUAAUGAAGCAUUAUUAUCCGAAAUCAUUUUUACUUCCCAUUGUAUUACUUGUGGUGAAAAAUGUGUGCAUAUACUAAAAUACUCUUGUGGCCUUCGUGCCAAUCCACGUAAGAAACUAUUUGAAUAAUGGCCUGUCGAAACCAUUACUAAGAUAGAUAUGUAGACCGAUUCCCUACCAUCAUAGACCUUUUCUCAUAAGGUCUAUGAUGUAGUCGUACUCUCAACUUAACUUAGUCCUUUUGGGUAUAUUUCAUCAACGUCGUUACCGAGAAAGAUUCUGAGUUCCUUUGUCGUCCCGUAUGUACUACAGUAUAUCUUUAAUCUCUUCUUCCCUUUCUUGAGGAACACUUUCCUCGUCCUCGUUAUCCUUAAUCGGAGACAGUACAUGUGUUGCAAAAUGAACCAGCAUUUCAUCAACUCUUUUCCCGUUCACGGUGUAUUCAUUCAUUCUACAAUCGUAAUGUAUUCCAUCUGUCAUGUUCCCAUCAAGCAUCGCUAAAUAACCAUGUAGUGUUAGAAAUAAAGAAAUAAAGUAAGACGAAGGUGCUUAUUUUUGCAUCCAAGAGUGA